GUCGUGACCCGGCGGGCAUGGACUCGCCGCCAUUUUGUUUUGUUGUUUGGCUUCGUUCUUCGGCGUUGUUUGAGUUUGUCUCCACAAUUUUCACAUUUUUUUCAUCUGUUUGGGUCAUUCGAUAUUAAAAAAGAAGACUAAAAAUGUCGAGCGGACGAAGCGAUUGUAGGAUCUACGUUGGAAAUUUGCCCCCGGAUAUCCGCACCAAAGAUAUCCAAGAUUUGUUCUACAAAUUCGGUAAGGUAACGUUUGUAGACUUGAAGAAUCGACGGGGGCCCCCUUUUGCUUUUGUGGAAUUUGAAGAUAAUAGGGAUGCAGAAGAUGCAGUUCACGCCAGAGAUGGAUAUGACUAUGAUGGCUACCGCCUCAGGGUAGAAUUCCCCAGAGGAGGUAGUGGAAGUAGCAGUGGCGGAGGAAGUGGUGGACGGGGCCGUGGAGAUGGCGGUGGUUUCAGAGGAGGCGGACGUGGUAGAGGAAACAGGGGUCCUCCAGCCAGACGAAGCCAAUACAGGGUUUUAGUCACAGGACUGCCACCUAGCGGAUCGUGGCAAGACUUAAAGGAUCACAUGAGGGAAGCCGGAGAUGUAUGUUUUGCUGACGCUUUUAAAGAUGGAUCUGGAGUGGUUGAAUUUUUAAGAUACGAAGACAUGAAGUAUGCCAUCAAAAAGUUGGAUGAUUCAAGAUUUAGGUCUCAUGAGGGUGAGGUGGCAUAUAUCAGAGUAAAAGAAGACAAAGGUGGCAGCGACGGUCGUAGAUCUGGUGGCCGUUCCAGGUCAAGAUCUUUCUCUCCACGUAGGAGAGGCUCGCCGACUUACAGCCCCGUAAAGCGGAGUUAUUCCAGAAGCCGAUCCCGCUCAUAAGGAAGUUAGCCUUAAUGAAGACAUGAUUUGGCUCUGAUAAAGUUCUAUACAAUUAUGUUUUGAUACAAUUUAGUUUUAGGCUUUGAACAGAUAAUUUUGUGUUUUUAAGUGUCAUUUAAAAAAAAAAAUUUGCAAUUGAUAUUCCCCCUGCAAUUUCUCGGGUGGUUUUUGUGAGUGUGGUUUUGUAUCUUCUAAAAUGGUUGACAAAAUCGGAUUUUUUUGUCUGAAAUUGUAUUAUAAUUGAUUAAUUAACACAUUAUGAUGGAUACAUUUGAUUAAAUAUUGUGUAGUUGAUAAGUAACUAA